AUGCCCUGCAGGUGUCAGGCACUCGGCCUCGAGGGGGACCCUAUCCAAGGCCUGGUGAUGGGCAGGCGGGCUGCCCUUUCCCGUGAGGACCACAGCCGCGCUCUCUGCCUGAGUAGCAGAGAUGGGUUUUCCCGGGGCUCCCGUCCCCUCCGCAGACUUCGGUCCCCCCCGCCCAGCCCGGGGCUCCCAGGAACAGGUUUCCAGGCCAGUGAGCAACAGGGCAGGGCCGUGGACAGUCCCCGCACCCAGCGGCUGUGGAGCACAUCUCCUGGAUCUCCUGCACCUCCUCCCUCUGAAUAA